GGGGUUCGGAGCGUUUGACCGCAAUGGUGUCCCCACUGGGUCAGAUUUCAGCGUCACCGCGGGGGACCGGCUCCGCGGUUCCUCAUGGGAAAGCAUGAGCAGGUGGUACGUGAGAGCGACCCUCUUCUGGCUGGCCUGCCCCAGGACCCCGACUUCUGUAUGCCUUGUCUGUUCUCGACUUCCGCCCAUUCCAACGUGUGUGUCUCAGCCAGCGGGAAGUAUGAACAGCACUGGAAGAGUUCCCAGAGAGGACAUGCUGGAGCUGGGGAACCCGGAGCAGCGGGAGCGCUCCCUGGGGGACCGCUGGAGGCCCUCACCUCUCCCGAUACACCCUUGGACAAGAUCUCGGAUUCUGCUGUUCCCUGGUCCAAAAGAUUUGAGACCGCGGGGCCGCCAGCAGCCGCUGAGAACUCUGAGAUCAGCACAGACUGGCAGCCAUCAGGGGUCCCUAGACGUCAGGCCAAUGGGUCCGCACUUUCCUCUCACCCGGAAGCCCAGGAGCACCCUCACACUCCGGACAUUGUAAAGAAGACUCACAGCAUCACUAAGAAACCUUCCGACACCAGUUCUUCCAAAGGCAAAGCUAAGUCCUCCCUGGGGAUCGCCGAUGCCCAGAAACUCCUGCGGUGUGAACUGGAGUCCCUCAGGUGCCAGCUCCAGGCUCAGACCAAGGCUUUUGAGUUCCUCAACCACUCUGUGACCAUGCUGGAGAAGGAGAGCAGUCUGCAGCAGACCAAGAUCCAGCAGCUGGAAGAGCUGCUGAACCUGCCUGGGCACCAGUCGGAGAAGGAGGGCUGCAAGUGGGGCUCGGAGCAGGGCCCCCAGCAGCUGUGCGAGGCCCUGGCGCAAGGCCUGCGGGGGCUGGAGAAGACCUUGCGGGACAGCGAGGAGGUGCAGCGGGCCCGCACCGCGCGCUGCCUGCAGCUGCUGGCCCAGGAGAUCCGCGACAGUAAGAAGUUCCUGUGGGAGGAGCUGGAACUGAUCCGAGAGGAAGUGACUUUCAUCUAUCAGAAGCUUCAAGUCCAGGAGGAAGAGAUUGCGGAGAACCUGGCAAACAUCCAGAAGAUGCAGAAGACCCAGAUGAAGUGCCGCAAGGUUCUCAGCAGGAUGAGGCAUCAGGGCUGCGAUGUGUCCAAGUGGUCAGAAGACGAUAUGCCGAUGGGAAGCCCCAGCUCCUGGAAGAGCGACCUCCAGAAAGAGCUCAGUGACAUAUGGUGCGCCGUGCACAUGCUGCAGAACUCCGUGGACUGCGCCUCAGUGCCUGUGGGGGGCCGGCCCAGGGCCAUGGGCCUCAGGGCAGGGAACAAGGGACACCUCUGCCUGAGCCCUCCGCUCCCCUGCUGGGACUCAGACACUGACUCGGACCCUCAGCAGCGGCCAUUCAGCAAGAGCUGCUGCCCACUGGGUGUGGACCUUCCCCUGACCCCCUCACCCCUCCUGGAGCCCCACAGUGUGGGGUGCCCCUAAAUCCCAGCCAUUUGCUCCCAGAAGGCUGGGGGUGGGGGUCGCGUGCCCCCAGGCUGGGUCCUAACGCUCUCUUGAGCAGCUGGGGCUGCUCUCUCCAAAGACCCCCUCAGAGAGAAAAUAA